AUGGCUUCGAAGGUUUACUGCCACAUUUGUGGUGUCAGCUUCAACAUCCUCCGACGCCGAAAACUGGGAGAGCCGGAUCUGGCUAGCUGGGACUACACUGGCGGGCUAUGCGAUCAGCCGGGAGCUGACGAGGUAGAUUUGGAAUUGUGCGCCCGGAAUGGCUGCUUCGCGGCAAUCAAUUACCCCAGUGAUGACGAUGACAACGUGCUCGAGGAUUCAGACUAUAUCCCUCCGGAUGGAAGAGAUGACUACAGCUACCCUGGUGAAUACGAUUCAGAGUAUGAAUCAAUCGAUUCCAUAAGUCUCUCUGGGGAGGAUGAUGGGGAUGUUACAAACAGCGACUCGAAUGGUAAUGACGAAAAGGAAGAUACUAAAGUCGAUUCUUACUCGAAAUGGUUGGCAUUAACUUGGAAUCCGCACGCCAGAUUCCCCGGAGAGCCCGUUGGGAUAUUUGGGAACUUUGGUUAUUCAAUUAAUCGUUCUCAUGACGAAUAUGGAAAUUUAAUCCAGCCACAUACUUUGCCAGGCGGAUGCAACCCGGAGCUGGAGCAUUUUCCCCGUGAGGGGAUUGCGUACUCGGGCUAUGCGAUAUCGCCCGAAGAGAUGAUAGGGUGUCGUACAGCUCAGUGUUUGGUCCACAAAAGCGCAAUACAAGGACAAUCGCAGCAUAUCAAAUAUUUUGAGCCUUGGGAGGCUUCUGAAGAUUGGUUCUUGUCUGGGUUGUGUGACGGAAUGCCUUCGCGCGAUAGUGAUUACCCUGAAGUAUGGCCCGCGCAAGGUGGAGUCGACGAGCCACACGCCGAGAAUAUCAAUUUUUAUCCAGAAACGACACCCUCGGAAGAAUGGGCCAUGCCGUUCCAUCCUUGGUGCUUCGAUAUCUUCUGCCGCCAAUCCAAAGCUAGGUUCAACCGCAUCAAUAUAUCUGGACUUAUAACGUGGCGCAAUGCCGAGUCCUCCGACUGCGACUUUCGCAAGUUUCCUCGGUCAGAAGACGUUCGCAAAUGCCGGCAGCAGUUCUGGCAGCAUUUACCAGGCAAGGAAUAUCUGGCCGCCAACCCACUUUACGUUCCAGGUUUACCGACCAUUUUGUUGAAUGCAGCCAAAAAGGAAGAAGAUUUAUCUCACGGUGGAAUAGAGGAAUCCGAACUUCUGAAGAGAAAUCACGCUUCAUUUUCGAUUGGUCAUGGUGAUGUGUUUGAUUCUAUGCCCCUCGAGAUAUGUCUACUAGUAGUCAGCUUCUUGAAUGGUACCGACCUCAAUAACUUAAGGAUAGCUUCCAAGACGUUUACCAGACUUCCAAAUAGCGUUUGGCAUCAACUUGUCAGAGAGGAGAUGCCCUGGCUAUGGGAGUCUCGUGACGACGGCAAAGAAGUCCACGUUCCUUCAUUCUGGACAGCAGUGACAGCAAAUUCUCUGAAGUUGUUCAAAGAAGAACGAGACCACUAUUCAUUACUCCUGGAAGAUGUUUAUACUCCAACUACUGAGAUAGUUGAUUUCCUGCUUCCAUUUCCAAAAGACGUACCCAAUCAGCUGCAACUCUCAAGAAGAAAUACAGAUUGGCACAAGCUUUACACAGAGAUCAAGAAAAAUUGGAGCAGUCUUAGGGGGUUACAGAAUCGACAGCGGAUCUGGAAAGAU